GAUCUUUUCAAGGAGCAUUGAGCUAGCAACAGCAGCCUUCUUCAGAAGAGAAAGGGGAACGCGGAGGAUUGUCAUAAGAUGGUGAUGACGGCAACAGGUGUGUCAGAUGCUGACGGCGAGUCGACGUCUUUCAGCCCGACUAUGACGUCUGUGAGCCCAACUUCGACGUCUGUGAGCCCAACUUCCACGACGGCUUCGACUGACUCGCGCGGCCAACAGCAGCUAGUCGUGGGGAGGAAAACAAAGAACCCCGGCUUGGAGACGAUGGAAAAACGUUGGAACAAGAUAGCCGGCAUGCAGACCGACUUGCUCGUAACUGUCAACGGCACGCAAUUCAACGUUCACAAGUUUCCUUUGUACUCCAAGAGCGAUCGGUUGCAAGAGAUCGCCAAAGACGACCCAGAGACGGGGAGGACGAUUGCCGACUUGGGAGAUCUUCCAGGAGGAGACCGAGUGUUUGUGCAGGUUGUGAACUUUUGCUAUGGCUUCGACAUCGACGUCUCUCCGUACAACGUGGCAGCCCUCCGAUGCACAGCGGAAGUCCUUCACAUGCACGACGAGUCCCGGUCAGGAAUGAGAGAGGGGAACCUGGUCCCUCUGUCGGAGAGAGCGCUCGUCAAUUUCUUCGCCAAUUGGCAGGACACGGUAUCGAUCCUUCACCACUGUCAGCGGUUGAUGCCUACGGCCUCCGACUGCGGACUGGUGGAUCGCUGCAUGACCGAGUUGUGCAAGUUCUGCCUGCCGUCCUCCGCCGCAUGUGCAACGGCCGCCGAGAGUUCUGUCCCCUCGAGGGCCUCGCUCACUUCCCCCAGGCCCUCCACGCCGCCGGUGCUAGGCGUUCACCUCAGGGAGUCCGUGCUGUCUUUGGAGUUGGAGUUCUUCGCCGGCCUCAUCGCCGCUCUUCGAGAUGCUGGCAUGCCCGCUCAGGAUAUCGGGAGAUCUAUCGACGCUUACGGAAGGUACUGGAUUCCACAGAUAGUCGGGGACGAUUUCCUGAAUAUCGGAAAGCAGAGGGACAUAAUUGAAACUCUGGUUUCCCUCCUUCCUCUCAGAGAAGGCGAUCCCGGUACUAUCGUUGACGUCUUCUCGAAGCCAGCUCCCGUGUUCCGUCUCCUUCGAGCCGCCGUCGCUUACGGUGCUGAUAGGAACUGCCAGAAGCAGCUUGUCCGAAUGGCUGGGUGCAUGCUGCAUGAGGCAGAUGUGGACGAUUUGUCAAACCUUGAGGUCCAUGAGGUGCAGGCCGUGUCGCAAGUGUACUUCUCCCUCCCCACUCACAACGACGAUUUCUCCUCUGCAGCUUGCAAGCGCGUAGGCCGUGUGAUCGACGAGUACUUGGAACUCACAUGCUCCUCGAUAUCGGCGGCCGGCAGCAAUCCGGGUACGCUUAGCUGGGAGACAGUUCAGUCUCUGGCAUCAGCCGUGCCGGCAGAGGCACGAGCCAGUCACAACGCACUAUUCAGGGCGCUCUUUCUGUUUCUCCGGCUGAAGAAGGGGGCUAUGGCGGAGAAGGAGCUGGUCUCUCUCUUCGAGGUGGUCGAUCCGAGCAAGCUGUCCCCAGAGCUCGCGGAGCAGGCCACAAGUCAUCGCGCCCUCCCUCCGACCUUCCUCGCCCGCGCCCUUGUCGCCCAAAAGGAGCACAUGCAGAGUUGGAUUCGGGAGUUGGCCGAGGGGACCACUCUGCUUCUCGAAGAACGGAAGAGAACUGACGAGGAAAAGCUCAAGAUCUCCCAAGAAGUGGAGCAGCUGCGCGAGGAGGUACGACUGGCGGAUGAGAGGUUGCAGCAGGUGAGGAAGAACAUGAGAGAAGAGGCGUUGCAGGUCGUCAAGAAACACGUCGUGCUGAAGGCGUGUGUGGCAGAGUUGGCAGAUCAGAUACAGAAGCUGGAGUUGGAGAGAAGGAUCUUGAGAGAGAGAGAAAACGGGACAAGGGAGGAAGGGAUUCAAGGGAGGCGACAAAAGAAGCACUAUUUCUUCUCUUGCUGGUGGCGACAGGUGCGCCGUGAAGAUCAUAACGACAACGGAACAAGGCAGGCUCGGUCCAAUGAUGCCAGACCGCGCAACUUAGCCCUGGGCGAUCCACCAGCAACGGGCGUUGGAGGAGGUGAAGGUCUGUCGACCACCUCCUCUUCCCACGAACAAUCUGCUGGAGAAAGCUCGGAAGCUGGCUCUGGGACAAGAAAGGCUGUCAGAAAAGCGUUCAAGAAGCUCUACCACUCCGACAGCAGCGGAAGUGGUGACCACAUCAUCGCAGCUGCGGCGUAGAACGGUAGAAGGUACUGGUCCUACUGGACUACCACAAAGCCGUUCGCAGUUUUAUCCCCCAUCACGAAGCACACCACUA